AAUUUUUUAAUCUUGUUUUAAGGCUCACGACGUAAUACGGACCCAUAAACUGGGCUUUUGCUGGGAAUAUAAAUUACAAUUAAACUAGGCGAGCUGAUCGUUGAUAUAUUACAAUGAUAGAGGAGGAAAUUAAUUACGAAACACCAAAUCUUAGGUAGAUCGUCUACGUCGUAUACCAUAAACGACACAAAAUGAUUGGUCAACAGGUCAAAUGAAAGAGAACAUGUGUGAGAGAAAUAUGUUCAGCGUGUUUAUAAUUAGCUUUAUUAUUGAAUGUUUAUAUUAAUUUCUUUAUCUAAAGGAAUCAAUGCAGUGUUACUACCCAUAGUAAUCUAUUAUUUCUGAUACAAUAAAGGACGUUUACAAUGGCUGCAGUUUGGAACAUAAAAGAUCUGCAUUCGCCACCAAACCUAACCUAUGAAUUACGGUUGUCAGAUAUCGAUGCAGAUAAAUUUACAUCAGUAUGUCUGGACGCCAUCUCCAUUUUGAAUGACCAGGAAGCCCUUCAUGCAGAAGCAGCAACUCUCUCUCGGCUGUUGUACCGGAUAAAAUCCAAACUGCGUUGUGACAAGGGCUUCAAAUGUAUGAAAAAGGUGAAUCAUGGACUUCUUUGCUACCUAUCUAUGGACUUGGCUACGGUUUUCAACGCAAUCAAGCCAUCUCCUUGUGAUAAUGGGUAUCAGACUAUGUGUGCACCAUCCAGACAGAUGCUGGAGUGGGUGCUAGUGCGAACACAGGGAUUUGCUCGUCUGUUCUGCCAGGUGAUGCAGACGUGCCGGGAUGCAGCAAUCUACAUGAAGUGUAGACUGCGCCUGGGUCACAUGUGGGACAUUGCUUUAAUAUCCCUGGGGAUUGUCAGCAGGAUAUGGUCCAUUUCAAAGUACCUGGCGCUGUGUGCGUGCGGGUGGUACGACAAAUUGAAACCAUACCUUGAUGAUGAAGAUGAGUUAGAGUCAAGUUAUGGCAAUGAGAUGGAAGUGUCGGAGUCAAAUGGAGCUGUGUUAUCUUCUGAAUCUGCCAACAUUACAGAAGAGAAUGAGCGAUUGAAGAGAUUAAGCGAGCCGGAUAGUGGGAAUGAGAAGCAGCACAGGAUAUUUGACCUUAUUGAAUUUGGUAACUCUAAGGAUGAAGAUGCGUUAGAGUCAAGUUAUGGCAAUGAGAUGGAAGUGUCGGAGUCAAAUGGACUUCUGAAUCUGCCAACGUUACAGAAGAGAAUGAGCGAUUGA